UCGGCCGGCGGCCUUCUCUCGCUCGCGUUUCCUCAGGCAGACUGUUUUCCUUCUUUUCGGGUUCUGCGUUCAUGGCGCCAAUAAAACGGUGAAAUGCACGAUACACUUCUAUCGCGAUUCUCGAACUACACAUCUCGAACUAUCGAUGUAGUAACUUCUCGCGAUCGAUCUCUGCACUGUUGAGACAUAAUGUGACAGUGUAACGUAACGGUUUAACAUAAAAGUUUAGGAGGAAGAAAAAGAGUAAUCUGCCAGUUCUUGAGUAAAAGUCUAUAGCUUUUAGAGUACAGCUUAUUUUUCUACUAUUAACUAGUGAGCAUCGUUUGAAAGCUGACGUACACACAUUUUGACGAUAUGCUUGACUGCGGGGAAAAUUUUGAAAACUUUGGAACAUUAGAGAUUUUGACGAUAUGCUUGACUGCGGGGAAAACUUUGAAAACUUUGGAACAUUAGAGAUUUCUUUUCAUCUUUAUUUCUUCUGUGCAAUACGGUUACUCCUAUUUGGUGGAUUUCAGGAUAAUUUGCUGUGUACACUAUCGAUGACAACGUUCUUCGCAUCUAAUCAAUUGUGUCACGUCUAUUAUACAUGAAUGGUUGGAGACUCGCCGGCCGUCGUUGGAGAAGGAUCGAUUUCAGAUCUAGGAGAUCUAGAAGGAUGGUGGGAUAAUCAUGCUAUAGUGGCCUGGAGUUUCGUUCUUUUUGGCUGCUUUUUGCUAAAUGUCACUCUUCUAUUGGCAUUCCUCAUACGUCCGUCGCUACGGACCAUUUCCAACAGAUUUGUCAUGAAUCUGACCGUGUCAAACUUGUUGGUCUGCGCAAUCAUGAACCCGCUGCUGAUAAUGGACGCUGCUUCAACAUCUUCCAAUUCCUCGAUACUCGACUCUGGAUCUGUGUUAAACAUUUGCUCAAUAUCGGAUGGCGCAAUGGCGAUAGUAACGACAUCCUCGAUCUUCUCGGUGCUGUUAAUCGCAGUGGAUCAAUACUUCGCCGUGGUGGAUCCUCUGCGCUAUCGCGCUCGCGUAGACAAACUGAAAUCUGGAAUCUUAAUCCUCUCCACUUGGAUGGUCUCGAUAGUUUUCGGUUUCCUUGCCUUCUUCAACCCAAAUCCACAAAGCUUCUGGCUCUCCUGCAUCCCCAAAGAAUGGUCCAACUCCUUAAACCUUCCCGCGGAAUCAUCUUUCUCAGUGUUGGGAAAUGGAACGAACAACAGCGAGCUGAACGUCACGUCGGCAAUCCCUGAUAUAGUAGAAACUGUCAGCCUCAACGACAAUAUAGAUCUCAUAGAGAACGCUACUGUGAUCUUCGAUACGCUUAUAGAUGAUACAAUCACUUAUGGCUUUAUCUACGCCAUUAUUUAUAGUAUAUUCGCUUAUUUUGUCCCGUUCGUUGCCAUCUGUUGGAUCUACGUCAGAAUUUACACAGCGGCGCAUAGAAAUUCAGAGAGGGCCAGAAGAAGCGGCUCCAGGCCUAUAUUGUCUUCAGCGAGCCUCACAGAAGAGCAGAAUGGUCCCUCGAGGAUUCAACGUUUGCAGAUAGACGCUGCCGACGACGGUAGAAAAUUACCGAAGAUAUCGAGUUUAUCCUCGAUCGAUGAGACCAGUGAGACUAUGCAACCUACUGGUCAAUUGUCCAGAAGACGUUCCUUUUCCUCUUCCGUAGAUAUCGACGCGACGACCUCCUUGCCCGAGGACAAAACGUCUCCCGGAGUUGUCUUUAUGGUUGGUUUGCAGAGACUUGAAAUCUCCUCCCAGUCUGUAGAAGACGGAGAAGAUCGUAACGACAAUUUGUUGCACAGUAAUUGCAAUUCGGUAAAUGGAGAGGAGGAAGAGAACAAUCGUCAAGAUAUUCAGAACAAAGAAAUGGAACGAUCACCUAGAGAUUUAGAGGAGCACAAAGACGUGAACAAUUGGAUCUCGAGGAAUUUCAUAGACGAGUGCAGCGACGAGUCCAAUGAGGAGGUAGUCCGUUUCGAUUGUUCCGAGAAAAAGUUCUCACCUCUCUGCAACUAUUCUUCGAACGCGUUCCAAGAAUCGCUACGAAUCCCCCCCGAAACCCUCGGGGAGGAAAAUAAUGAAACGAAGGGGAACGGAAUUAGCGAUGAUCAAAGAGAGGAGGAGAACUCGGUAGAGGUGGAAGUCGAGUCGAAGAACCAUAUUUCGAGUCAAGGAGAAUUCGAAACGCAUCAGGCGAGUUCUUCGGAAGUGAGGCUCAAUCGUAGAUUGCCAUCCUUCUUCAAUAAAAGCGUUUCGUCCCAACCGUGUGAAAAUAGUAACAAGACUGAAAAGACCAGCGGUGGCGGCGUCUCAGAUUCGUCCUCGUCAUGUUUGCUGACACCAAUAGUGACGAUAACACCGGCGCCGAGCAGAAACGACAACCUGCAUCGUGUUUCGAGCGUGAGGAGCACCUCGAGCUACAUAAACUCACUAAAGGACAGGAUAAGCAAUGGUUCUAUAUUUAGGCACCGCGAGGAGGCGAGGGCGGCGCGGAUAAGUGCUCUGGUGAUCGUGAUGGGUCUGAUCUGCUGGUCGCCGUACGUAAUAUUGCUGGUAAUGAAGAAUCUACCUCGAUCCACUGACCAACAUCUGCCCCAUAAAUAUGACGUGUUGGCCUCCAGCCUUAUGAUUCUGGCCGCGUACAUCAGCCCGCUGUUGUUCGGUUACAGAUCGAAACGAGUGAAACGCGAGCUAAGACGGUUUUUCUGCUUCAGGAGAGAAUUAUCUUACAAGAACAAUAGAAGCCUGAUGGCGAAAAAGGUGUUGAAACGAAGGCACAGCAGUAAUCUCAGCCACUUCGAGAUGGAUCACAAGUAUAAUAUAUUCAGUUGCGUGUAUGGGAAGAGUCGAUGGCCCAAGGAGAAGGUUCAAUUCGUUCAAGUGCCGGACACUGCGCUGGCCGUGGAAACUUGCAGGAGCAGCUUCUCCAGCGGAGCCAGCACUCAGAUCUCCAGCACCUCGACGGAGGAAUGUUAAGAUAUGUCCAUGAUGUUCCUGACUUUUUAAUCUUCAUAAGCCUUCUUUUUAUAUUGGAGAUAUAAAUAUUUUUUUGUGGAGUACUUAAUGCACGCUCAGACAUUUUUGUUGGUUUUAGACGAGAUAUUUGUCGGUACAAGUGUUGGUUGUAUCGAAUAAUUUGGAAGAAUACGGUUUGGGAGCAAAUGAUAUUUUAAUCAUAAUAAUGAAUUUGAAAAUUGAUUUUUAACUACAGAUAUCUUGACGAUGUUUUAUAAUUGUUGACGAAUUGUUUUAUAAUUUACAUCUUGGGUUGUUGAACAACACAAUAACUGUAUUAAAUUAAUUUUUAUUUAGGGAUAAUUUGAAAGAAGAUUGAGAUUUAUUGCAAGUUAGAUUUUUUCCUUGGAACAAACAGGUCAUUUUAAAGAAAUAUUGAUUGAAUUGAUGUAACGUUGGUUUGUUUGCAUAAAUGAGUACCGUGUGUUAUAAAUUUACACUGUACAUUCAAUUUGUACAGCUAUGAUAUACUGCAACAGUGUGGUGCAGACACAACUUCGAUAUUUUUUUAAAUAAGCUAUAAACAGCAGUUGUGAUAACUGUUUAACACAGAGUUGCAAAAGUAUAUUUUUCACCAAGUUCAAUAUCCUUUACAAACGAAGUUUCAGCAAAAUAACGUCUGAACUUUAUCUCAGAAGAAGAAAGAAAAAUUGAAUUUACUUGAUGAAUAACUUGAUCUUUCAGAAAUUAUUUUCCUAAAGAAAAGAUUGUUAAGAUAAAGUAAAUGUUAAUUUACCCGUGACAAUAGAUGUAUUUAAUUCCUUAAAAAGAUUUAAACUAACAAACUAAUUUUUGAAUGAACUAUUUUAAAGUAUAAGAAACGAGAGGAUAAAUUAUGAUAUGUGUACUAUAAAACAAGCGUGUUAGUGAUUGUAAGUUAAUCAAUAUACACAUAAUCAUACUUGUCAGAGUCGUAUUCGAUUGCUCUGAUAGACGAAAAUAUGUGUAAGACAUAGUUUGUUCCACUAGUUAUUCACACUAUUUUUUCCGUGAGAUAUUUAUAGUAUUAUCUACAUAUACAUAUAUUACGUAAUAGUAAAUUACGUAAGUUAUGGGAUUAAAUUAAGACUACUGUCAACGAGGCUGUACAGAGAAUGUAUAGAUUCUAAUAUCUGUUCAAGCAGCGACACUCGCAUUUUGCGCCAUAUCUGUAAUACAUAUUGAAUCGUUUCACAUUAACAAAACACAGUUGUCAAGUAAAGUUAGACGAUGUACAAAACACUUUAUACCUCUGCUGUGCAUCUAGCAACACUUCAUUACGUAAAAGUUUCAUUACGGCACAUUUUGUUACUGCAAAAUUAUUCACUACACACGUAUUUAUUAUCGAUAGAAAUGAAGACCAUAUAGAGAAAUGUGAUAAGCUUAUGUUUAUUGAUUUUACAGUUUGGUUACCAUCUAGAAAAGCGCUAGGAUCACCGAGUUGUGGAAGUUGAUUUGUCUGAUUAAUCUUGUACAAGGAUUGAUUUUCUUCGACAGUUGUAUUAGGUGUGUGAGAUGCAGAUUGACGUAUGGUUUUUUUUAUUAAAAGUGGUCUACUCUUGCGGAAGUUCGGCUUUGGUAAUUUCGGAAGUUCGGUAAUUGGUAAUUUUCACAGAAUAUGCGACUUAUUAUGUUUUUCUGUCGUGGUCUUUGAAACUUCAAAGAAUUUUCACUCGUAACAUACCUUCAACAUAAGCAACAAUAACGUUUCAUGACAAGUCUUUUGAACCUUGAAGUAAUCAAGGAUGGUUUUCCGACUAUUUUGUACAUUACAAAUAAAGGAGUUUUUUAUUUAUAUUAAAUAAUCUGUACAUAGAGAAAAUGAUUUGAUGACGAAUCUUGGUAUAUAUGUGUUGUGUGUAUAUAUUUUUGAAUCUUGCAUAUCUGUUGUGUACCGCGUAUUAUGCAGCUGGUGCGCCGUGUAGUAUGUGUUUUCAAACGUGUAUUUUUCUAUACUGUCGAGACGCAUAAACAUAUGUAUAAUUCAAUAUAGGCUGUUUUUAAAAUACAAUGACAAAUAAAAAUUCACCUCUGGCUUUAUA